UUUCCUGUCUACAGUGUCUGUGUAAUGUAGAUAAAUGUGAGGAUUUUCUCUAAAUCCCUCUUCUGUUUGCUAAAUCUCACUGUCACUGCUAAAAUCAGAGCAGAUAGAGCCUGCGCAAUGGAAUAAAGUCCUCAAUAUUGAAAUGUGACAUUGCUCUCAACAUCUCACAUCUCUCUGGAUUUCUUUUUUCUCAUCAUUACUGCUAACAAAUUCAUUUCCAGACUUUGCACUUUUAAGAAGCAAUGGAAAAAAUCAACAGUCUUUCAACACAAUUAGUUAAGUGCUGCUUUUGUGAUUUCUUGAAGGUGAAGAUGCAUACUGUGUCCUACAUUCAUUUCUUCUACCUUGGCCUGUGUUUGCUUACCUUAACCAGUUCUGUUGCUGCUGGCCCAGAAACGCUGUGUGGUGCUGAGCUGGUUGAUGCUCUUCAGUUCGUAUGUGGAGACAGAGGCUUUUACUUCAGUAAGCCUACAGGGUAUGGAUCCAGCAGUAGACGCUUACACCACAAGGGAAUAGUGGAUGAAUGCUGCUUCCAGAGUUGUGACCUGAGGAGGCUGGAGAUGUACUGUGCUCCAAUAAAGCCACCUAAGUCUGCACGCUCUGUACGUGCUCAGCGCCACACUGAUAUGCCAAAAGCACAGAAGGAAGUGCAUUUGAAGAAUACAAGUAGAGGGAACACAGGAAACAGAAACUACAGAAUGUAAGAACAUGCCAUCCACAAGAAUGAAGAAUGAAUGUGCCAUCUGCAGGAUACUUUGCUGUAAAUAAAUUAUUUGUUAAACAUCGGAAGACUUAAAAAAACUAUGUUUUAAAAAGCUUGAUGCAAUCUCAACUAAUGGGCAUUCUCCCAGUGAACAAUGCAACUAAACAUUCCAAUAUUAAGUCUUUUAGAGUACAGAACAUUUUAACCAGCCCAGAGCUAACAUAUUCUGUGGUUGAUAUAUUACUGUUUGUUAACCUGUUUUAAAUGUCCUGCACAAAAUCUCUUAAAGUCCUGUGCCCCUCAAAAGCCUACAAAUUUAUGGGCCUUUGAUGGAUCCAAUUGCACUAAAUUAACCUAUGAGCACUGGCUGCUGGAGUCAUUCAUCAGCCUUGUCUAAGUGGUGGCUUUUUUUUUUUUUUUUUUUUUUUUUUAUUUGCACUUCUAUACAAGCAACAGGCUGUUUGUUUUGCAGUGUCUGAUAACAUUGUUUGUCUACCCCUUCAUAUUUGCACAGUUUGACAUUCCCAAGUAACAGCAGCAGUAAGGUAACAUAUACAGUUUUAAACAUCCAUUAAUUCCAUCUGUGGCAUUUUGACAGAAUAUGGGUUAUAGAUACAUUUCUUUUAAUAGUUUUAUUUUUCUUCUCUUGCAAAGAUGCAGUUUUUUGCGUUUUGUGAGACAAAAGAUUUUAAAAACAGUUAAAGCAUACAUAGGCUCUCAAACCAUUAAUGAUUCUUCCAGGUAAUUGUUUGCAACAGUAUAGGUAACUUCUUUCUUCCUCCAUAUAAUGCAGUAUGUAAAAUUUAGCAUAUCAAUAAUACACAUAUAUCAAACAGUAUGUAAAAAUCUCUGUUUUAUAGUACAACGGUGCUAUUUUAUAGUUCGUUAUAUGAAAGGGUCUGGCCAAAACGGUAAUAGGUAAAAGCAAAUAUGGAAAUAUGAAGCCAAAGAAUAAAUAACAUAAUAGUUUUAAGAAUAUUCAGUUAAAUGAACUAAAAUGGCUUUAGAUUCUAAUAUGAAAAUAACUUUCCCAUCUUAAAAAAAAAAAAAAAAAAAA